AUGGACUCUAAGAGACAGCCCUACACUUUUGGAAAAGACGCCCCUCUCCCCCGCACUCCCAUCAGGCGCGUGGUCGGCCCGUACCCACAGAUCAUUUGGCCCAUCUUUCCAUAUGACGAGUUGCUGGAGCUGUUUGGGUUCAGGAGUCUUGAAUUGAGGAGGAAAGUAGCUAGCCUGAUGUUCCUAUACAAGCUGGUGCGAGGCUUGGUAGACGAUCCUGCUAGCCUGGCCGUCUUAUCUUAUCGCGUACCUUCAUUCAACAGUAGGAGCAACCUUCUGUUCUCAGUUCCAUUCUGCCGCACGACGGCUCGUGCUUCCUCGCCACUCUACCGGCAACUGGAGCAUCCGCAACACACCUGCCGCAGCACUUCUACCGCAGCACAUCUGCAGUACUUUUGCCGCACCACACCUCCCGGAGCAAACCCCCGCAACAUACCUCCAGCAGCAUUCCUUCAGCAGCACACCUCCCACAGCACUCCUCCCAGAGCACACCCCCGCAGCAAUCCUCCCGCAGCACAUCCCCCGGAGCACACCUCCAGCAUCACGCCUCCAGCAGCACACCUGCCGCAGCACUCUUACCGGAGCUCACCUCCCGCAGUACACCUCCAGCAUCACUCCUCCCGCAAUACCCCUCCAGUAGCAUUCCUUCAGAACCACACCUCCCACAGCAUUCCUCCACCAGAAAAACCUCCCGCAGCACUCCUCCAGCAGCACACCCCCCGCAGCACUCCUACAGCAGCACACCCCCACAGCACUCCCACAGCACACCCCCGCAGCACUCCCGCAGCAUAUCCUCAGCAGCCCAACUCUCGCAACUGUUCUGUUGCUAAGGGUUAA